UGAAUAUUCAUAAGCUGUCUGUUUUGUGGGUGGAACAUUUUAUCCGUGUACGCUGGUUUAUGGAUAAGUGUAAUUGUAUUUACACUCUCAGUAUAUCCUGUGUAUAACAACACAGUUAACUUUAUCUUUACAGUAAAUAUGAGACUAAGAGGAUGAUGCUACUUUGGUUAUUCCUGUUGUUUAUGACUUAUAUUUUUCCAUCGAAUUCGUUUACAGGAUUUCACAUAGAGCCAUCAAACAAAAAACAACCGGAGGGUGGAAUAGUUUAUUUCAAUUGUAUGGUGGUUGGUCUUGACAAUUUGGAAUACGUUUCAUGGAUUCAUGAUGGUCAGAAAAUUAGUAAAGAUGGAACAAUCACUGACAAAGAUAUAGACGAUCGGUAUAUAGUUGAUAGUAAUAUUUUGCUUGGAACAUUUAAUUUGCAUAUACGAAACAUUCAACGAAAUGAUAAGGGGGAAUUUGUAUGUACUGUGUUUAAGCAUGAUGACCAGUUGAUUGCCGAGUCGCAGCCAGCAAACCUAACAGUUCUUCAGAUUCCUCGACAACAUUAUCCAAUUUGUUCUCCUAUCGCAGUAAGUUAUGUUUCUGGACAAAAUAUUGAUUUCACAUGUAGAUCCGAAAUAACAGACCCUCUUGUGCACUUGAAAUGGAAACGGAAUAAUGUUUACGUUACGUCACAAGUUGAAGAAAAUAUCGAUGCAGAUUACAUAGUUUCAUAUUCAAUAGUAGCCAGUGAAAGCGAUAAGGGUUCCAUACUUACAUGUGAAUUGACAACUUCUGCAAAUUCAGCUAUUCGACGGAAUUGUACUAGUGGACCAAUCAACAUCCUGUAUGCUCCACACGUGCGUAUAGAACAAACAGAUGUUGUCGUGCUCGGAAAAGAAGCUAUUUUCAUUUGCUACAGUGAUUCAAAUCCAGCAGAAGUAACAUUUGAAUGGGUAUUUAAUCCACCACUCGAUGAAAGCAUGUUUAUUUUAGAAAAUGAACGUAUUUUGAGAAUUUCCAAUAUAAAAGUAUUUUUAAAUGGUUCAUUAAUUGAAUGCAAAGUAAAACAUUCUAUUGGAAGUCGGUCACAAACUUUAAGAAUUAAUAUUCUUAAUUCAAAAACAGUUAAAAUCCAAUCAAAAACGGAAAAAGUAAAAUCAGGAAAUGUCGACAUAGAAACAGAAAACGAUAAUACCAAAAGUAAACAUGAAAGGUUACAGACCAUCGCUCCUGGAAUAAAGAAGAACACAGGUAAUGAUUUCUCAAUAUCACUAAUUGUUGCUAUUGCAGUGGCAUGCAUUGUAGUUAUAUUGGGGUUAGCUUUAAUACCUGUCGGAUACAUGAGAUAUUCACGCAGACAGCCUAGUGAUACCGUCAGUAGAGGAAGACCAGUUUCUAUACCUGAUGUAUACUUUGAGCCUAAGGAUCAUGUGGAUCCUAUGCUACCACAGUUAGGCUUAGCAGCUCCGUGGAUGAGGACAGUAGGAGUUCAAGUUCCUGGUGAAUGUGAAUAUGAUGUGACGUAUACACAAUUGUCACCACAGUCACGUCAGGCCUACUACUCACAAAGGAUGUACACGGCAGCAUCGCUUUAAGUUUUCUUUUUUUUUUUUAACAGCGCAACUAAAACCGGUAACUUAAAAUUAUAUUUCGUUGUCUAACUGUUAUUUGAACAUGAAUAUUCAUCAGCGUACUUUCUGGGUGUAACAUUUUAUCUGUGUGCAGUAUGUCGGUUUUUUAAUUGAAGUGCAGACGUAUAUACAUUAUUUUUAUCUCUCACUACAAAUAUGUGACUUAUGAUUAUGAGAAUAUUGAUAUGAUGCAGUUUUUUUUGCUUUUAUUGUUCGUGACUUCCAUUUAUCAAUCGAAUGCCUUUACCGGUUUUCAUGAGGAGCCGCAGAGCGACAAGCAACCUGAGGGUGGAAUCGUUUUUUUCAUGUGCAUGGUUGUUGGCCUUAGCGAUGUGGAAUACGUUUCUUGGAAUCAUAAUGGUAAGAAAAUAAGUAAAGAUGGACAAAUCAUUGAUAAAACUGUUGACGAACGAUAUAUGAUAGAUAGCAACCGAUUGGUUGGUACAUUUAUUUUGCAUAUUUGGAACAUUCAACGAAAAGAUAAAGGACAGUUUGUAUGUUCUGUGUUUAACGGCGAAAACCAGAUGGUGGCCGAGUCGCAGACAGCAAACUUAACAGUGCUUCAAAUUCCCCAAGAACACUAUCCUAUUUGCUCUCCUAUCGCAUCAAGCUAUGUUUCUGGACGAAAUAUUGAUUUUAUGUGUAGAUCCGAAAUAACAGACCCUCCCGUACAAUUAAAAUGGAAACGUAAUUAUGUUGUUGUUACGUCACAAGCUGAAUCAAAUAUCGGUGCAGAUUACAUAGUUUCAUAUUCAAUAGUAGCCAGUGAAAUCGAUAAGGGUUCCAUAUUUACAUGUGAAUUGACAACUUCUGCCAAUUCAGCUAUUCGAAGGAAUUGUACUGUUGGACCAAUCAACAUCCUAUAUGCUCCACACGUGCGUAUCGAACAAACCGAUGUUGUCGUGCUCGGGCAAGAAGCCAUAUUCAUUUGCUACAGUGAUUCAAAUCCAGCAGAAGUAACAUUCGAAUGGGUAGUUGAUCCACCACUCGACGAAAGCAUGUAUAUUUUAGAAAAUGAACGUAUUUUGAGAAUUUCCAAUAUACAAGAAUUUUUAAAUGGUUCAUUAAUUGAAUGCAAGGUAACCAAUUCUAUUGGAAGUCGGUCACAAACUUUAAGAAUUAAUAUUUUCAAUUCAAAAACAGUUAAAAUUCAAUCAAAAACGGAAAAAGUAAAAUCAGGAAAUGACGACAUAGAAACAGAAAACGAUAAUUCCAAAAGUAAAUAUGAAAGGUUACAGACCAUCGCUCCUGGAAUAAAGAAGAAUACAGGUAAUGAUUUCUCAAUAUCCCUAAUCGUUGCCAUUGCAGUAGCAUGUAUUGUAGUUAUCUUGGGCUUAGCUUUAAUACCUGUCGGAUACAUGAGAUAUUCACGCAGACAGCCUAGUGAUACCGUCAGUAGGGGAAGACCAGUUUCUAUACCUGAUGUAUACUUUGAGCCUAAGGAUCACGUGGAUCCUAUGCUACCACAGUUAGGCUUAUCAGCUCCGUGGAUGAGGACUGUAGGAGUUCAAGUUCCUGGUGAAUGUGAAUAUGACGUGACGUAUACACAAGUGUCGCCACAGUCACGUCAAGCGUACUAUUCACAAAGAAUGUACACACCAGCUUCACUUUAAGUUCUCCUAUUUGACAAAACGCAUCAAGAACCAUAAAUUCUCUAAGACAUAUUAACUGCACUGUAUAUAUUUUAGCAUAAUAAUUCAUUAAUCAUGUUUGUAGAUGGAGUAUUAUUUUAUUUGUGUAUGCUGGUUUUUCUAGCGAAGAACAACGCAAAAAACACAUCGAUCUUUCUGUUACUUUACAACAAAAUAUCACACAAUUAAUCUUCAUUGUAAACACGUGAAUAAAUAACAUGAUGAACGUUUUUGUUGUUUGUUACUUAAAUUAAUUUUCAUCGAGUACUUUUACAGGAUUUGAUUUGACCCACUAAACAACAUGUAACUAGAGGGUAAAGAACUAUUUCAACUUUAUGAUGGCUUGUCGUAACGAUGUAGAAAUGUAGAACAUGUUUCGAAGAUUAAUAAUGGUGAAAAUAAUUAGUAGCUAUGGAAGAAUUAUUUAAUAUGAUAUAGCAGUAUAUGGUACAGAACAAUUUAUUUUGUUUAUUGUAUUUGUAUAUUGAAAUAUUAAAAAUUA